AUGGAAGUGAGCACGAAGAGAGACAAUUUGUUUGCAGACAACCUUUUUGCUUCAGUGCCACUGGUGCUCAAUCUUCUUCAGCAAAAGAUCUACGUCAUAGGAACACUGGUUGUCAACUUGAGGAUGAGGAAAGUUUUGCUGAGAGAGGCAGAAGAUCCAUUGAUGCCAGGGUGGAGAAGGUGGCCAUUGUCAAGUCGUAAGGUACUAAAUCUGUCACCUUGUUCUCAUCCUACUGUACAAAGUUGGAUGCCUCAAAUUACAGACCAUAUACAGUGUAUUUAAGCGCACAUAUCGAAUGUGCUUGUAAACAAAUGUCAACAUAUUUUGGAUUUUGCGUUUCAACUUUUAUUGAAGGUUUAACAAACUUUGAAAAAUUAUAUACUGGUGUAAAUAUAAAAAAAUGUUUCUAUUCAAUAUCUAUUCACAUCAAAAUUUGCCAAAUACUCAUUGUUUGUUUAUAUAUAGGGCUGUCACAUUACCAUGAUGAAAUUAAGACUUGUAAUGAACACAUUAUAUUAAUUGGAUGCUAUUUUGUCACUUUUGGCACACCAUAGUUGAGCCACCCCAGUGUCUUCCUGCUCUGCUGCAUCAGUUACAGAGAAAAACAACACAAUUGCACUUUUGAAUGGAAUUUACAAUUAUUAUUUAAAAACAAAAUCCUUGGCAGCUAAUUCUGUAUUUUGCAAAGUAUGUUCUUUGAAGCUGUGACUGGUCCUAGACCACAGAAGUGUGGUGGUGAUUCCAAAAGUAAAGACCAUAAAGUACAUUUUAUUGCAUUAAGACACUGACACGAAUCCGUCACAAGAACUUUACCAUGAACAAUUUUAAUUAUGCAAUAACAAAUGUGAUUGACUGCAAUUAAGAUAAUAAUAAUUUGUCAGCCUUUAUUGCUGCCAUACAUGUGUAACCAGCAAUCUGCAAUAGAUGUAGGACAUUCAGUUAAAUACUGGAUUGAAUUUUGGCUUAUUUAUCGCCCUUCUUCCCAACAACAUAUCACAAAUAUCUUAACAAAACUGAUAGAAUAAUGCAGCAGUGUUUUAUUGUUUGCUUUUAAGGAUAUUUUUGUUUUUCUAUGGGGCAUGUGAAGGACAUUUGACAGAAAAUAGGUCUGCAAAACAGUCCAGAAGAUGGCAGCAGGAGUCUAAUACUGCAGGGCCUCAGAUCACCGAGGUACAGACUCCAACCUGGUGAUUGACAUGAACAUGACAUGUCCUCAGCCGCACAGUCGCCCACUCUCAGGGCGGAAACAAUCACGACUCCCUCUGAAGUACAGCGACAAGGGAAAUUGCUCCAUUUUACUGAACUUCUAAGGCAGCAGCAGCCGUGCAGAGCAGAGGGUUGUCAUUUUCCAGCUUGUGAGUGGGUGGCAGUCGGCUGCGGUUUGUCACACAGUGGACCUGGAGGAGACGUUCAGGGGUGUGAUGGUCCAUGUCUUCGGACCCAGACUAGGGAGGAAGACAUGCAGCCGUGGGGCCAAAGAGCUCUGUGGUCACACAUUCCUGAACUCCUCCAGCGCUGCCUACAGCCAUGACCAAAAUAUCAGAUCCAGUCAUGCAAACACUGUGGUCACAAUAUCACGCUUCCAACCACACAUAUAGAUGUUUAUGUUGUGUCCCAGACAACAUUACAACCCUUGUGGUCGAAUAAGUGACCUGAGAAACACCUGAUGAAUCUUAAACUUAAUCCCCAAUGACAGUCCCGUUUAUCUGGCCGUGCUUCAUUUAUACGUCUCUUUUUAACUCGGCCCAGGAAGUGAUUUUGUUUAGGUUGUUGGAGUGAAACCUGCAACGCCUCCACUCUUAUAUUUGACUGCAUGUUCCCAAACAAAUGCACGUGACCACUGCCAGACAACAGUGUGUAUUAUAUACCCACUAUAUGCUACACUGUGUUAUAUACAUGCUUCACUUCCCUAAAAGUAGAAAUGUCCUCCUAGAUUAUCACCCUGGUACUAACUCUGGAAUUAUCCAGUUAAACAAUUUUAGGAAUGUGAUCUUAAAUGUUCAAAAUACAGAAAAUGUUUACAAUCCAUCCAGCUCAUAUGCUCCCGUACACGUGUUUUUUUACAGAUCAGUCAUUCUGAAUGCUGGAAAAAAACAGUCGGCCACUAUAAAACGCACCAUACCUCUACUGGACCCAAGAUUAACUAA